UGCGUUCAGAUCUCUCAUGACAUGGUCACAGCGAUCCAUUCGUGAAAGAGGAGUACUGGUAGAUGCUUCGGGGCACAACUGCAAUGCGCCUUAAACGAUGGAGCUGCCUGGCAGCGAUGCUGGUGGCAUUGCCUUUUAGAUCAGCAUCCUUUGCCGUUUCACGGCGUUGGCUGCUGCUUGCUCCCGUAGGUGCCUCUGCGCCAGCCUUUGCUCAAGAUGGCAUGGACCAGUGGCAGGACCUGGGAAGCCGAGGGCUAAAGUUCAUUGACUUGCGGCCAGGAAAGGGCGCCGAAGCAAUGGAGGAGUCAACUGUGCGCAUACAGUGGUCGGGGCGCUUGUACAGCAAGCAGGGCUGGACCUACGGUCGUUGCAACGAGCCAGAGUGUGAGUUACGCUUCAAGGUUGGUGAUGGGACGACCAUAGCUGGACUAGACGAAGGAAUCCGUGGCAUGCGAGAGGGUGGAUAUCGGCGUUUCCUCAUACCACCCCAGAUCGCGUACCAAGAAGGGCAGGAGCUUCAACCUCUUCCAGAGAGGGAUGACAUGAAGAGGAGGCUUUAUUCCACGGUCUUCAACAAGAUUCGGAUCGCCAAUGGCGAGGGUGCCACGCUGGGCACCAUUGUGCUGGACGUGGUCCUCAAACGAGUGGCGUCGGCGUGACGAAAAAGAGACGCGAGAGGUACAUGCACAUACUAGUGCAACCCUGCCGCAGACAUACAAGCGACAACCAGGUAACCACUGACUGUUGGCAACAUAUACCCCGUGCGAGUUCAGCAUGGUGAAACGUUGUCGACGGAGGCACAGGAGCCUCAGCUUGACUUACUGUAAGUGAACUGGACACAUGGAUAAACAAGGUGUAACAAGGUCAGUUUGCGGUGUUGAAAGCGUUCCUCCGGCUUUUUACAGCAUCGUUAGUUUGACACGUCUUCGUCGCGGCCCUGGUGACCUCCAAGCGCAAUUUCUGCCUCCACCUCGACUGAGAGGUCCUGUAGGCUCCAUGGCACCCCUUGGAUAUCAACCAGGAAGACUGAUGGCUCACUUGGUGACCUCCUUCGUUGAGCCGGGAAAGGCUGAGGGGG